CAUAGCAAUGUUCCAUUUUGGUAUCCCGGCUCUUCUUUUUUGUAUAUGGUCCUCCAAAUAUCUUUCCCAUCAUCCUUGCACUUUUUGGGCUUUCUUUGUUUUCUUGCUACCUCUCUCUCCCUCUCUCUCUUCUCUAUUCUAUUAUAUCCUUCUUUUCAGUCAUUCAUGCCUUUUGGUUUUGUCUAAACCCUACUCAAGACUCAGGAGAAAAUGUAUCACAACCAUCACCUCGGUCCAUGUUUGCUUUGCAACCCUCGCAGCUACAUAAGAAUGGUCCAACAUCUUAUAGAGAGAUGCUUGCUACUUCACAUGAGUUGUGACCAGUGCAUAAAGGCGCUAGCAGAGCAUGCAAGCAUUAGGCCAAUUGUCACACUUACAGUGUGGAGAGAGCUACAAAAGGAGAAUAGGCACUUCUUUCAAGCUUAUUUCCAUUCUAUCUCUCCCAGGCCUUUAAUGGGUAGUUAUAUUCAAAGGGGGCCAAGAUUUGCAAGAAGGAAACAGUACUGAAGUGAAUUGAAACAUACAUAUAUAUGUUAAAGCUACUUAAUUAGAACUCAAAAACUAGGUAUGAUUUUGAAUAUCCUAGAUUGUAAUUACAGCCGCUAAAAUAAGGUUCCAUGGUUAAAGCGGAUAAAAUCCCACUAAGGUAGGAAAUAUUUUUGAUAUUUUUGUUCACCACUUUAACUCAAGGUGUGUCCUCACUACUCUUCUUCUUAACACUUGACAUGUGUUCAUGGACAUAAUCAUAGUUAACUCUUUACUUUGUAUUUGUGGAACCAUGGUUAUUCCCAUGGACACUUGUCAAGUGUUGAGAAAGGUGGUGAUGAUACACCUUGGAUUAAAGUGGUGAUAAAAAAUGCUCCCACUCACUUGUGUCUCAAGAACAUGAUUGAAGUUUAUUAUCUACC